AGCACACUAAAACACUAUAUUAUUCAGCUACACCAAAAUAACAGCGGAAAAACAUAGAAUGAGGAAAGCUGACCACCAUUGCUUACAAAGAUGGUGAAAAUGAUAGCUCCCGCUUCAUUCUGAUUAGUCGUUAAGUUCAUUGUCAAAAUUACAAACCGUAGCCUUACUUUGACCUUCAAGUGCUCAGUGACCUCCAUCAGUGGGCAACACCACCGGAUCGUCGCCUCAUCUUGGUGUGAGUUGCACUCAAAAGGUGACAUUAUGAAAUCAGAAGAACUAAGCCGCUUGAAAAGUUACUUUCUUAAAAAUUCCCGUGUUAAAGAUUUUUCUGGUUAUGGGGGAAAAAUACAUACACUUGGGUGGAAUUGCAGUGGGUCGAGGUUAGCAUCUGGAUCAUCUGACAAGCUUGUAAAUAUAUACUCAUUAGAAUCUACAAGAUUAACAAAAGUACAUAGUUUCCGAGGACAUAACGAAAGCGUAGACCAACUUUGUUGGCACCCAUCAGAUAAUGAUGUAGUUGCAACUGUGGGUGCGGAUAGUGCUAUUCGUUUGUGGGACUGUCGGACCAAAAAAGAUCCAAUCACAGCACAAUGUAAAGGAGAGAACAUUAAUUUGGCAUGGUCACCGGACGCACGUUACAUCGCUGUUGGUAGUAAAACAGAUUUGGUUUCAUGGUUUGAUUUGCGUGCAGGAUUCAAAGUGGUACAGGCGGAACAGUUCACUUCAGAAAUUAAUGAAUUCGCCUGGAACCCUAGUGGGGAAGCGUUUCUUUUAACCACUGGUCUUGGAAGUAUAUUAGUCUACAGUGGGAAACCGGGUGAUAUGAAACGUGAGGCAAGUAUCCAAGCUCACCCAGUCAAUGCAAUGUGUCUGCAAUUUUCACCAACAGGUCAUCAAUUUGCUGUUGGUAGUGCAGAUGCUUUAGUGUCCAUUUGGGAUGCAGAUGAAUUUGUUUGCUUACGUACAUUAUCUCGCCUAGAAUGGCCAGUACGUACUUUGGGAUUCUCGUAUGAUGGCAAGUUAAUCGCUGCAGCUAGCGAAGAUCAUUUCAUUGAUAUUGGCCAUGUGCAAACAGGUGAACAAGUCUAUCAAGUUGGAACUCAUGCAUCAGCUACAUUUGUACUUGCUUGGCAUCCUCGACAGUAUUUGUUGAGUUAUUCAAGUGAAGCAAAAUAUGAACGAGAUCAAGGUGUUAUUCGAUUAUUUGGUUUAGUAAAUGAUGAUUUAUAAAUAUUUUUGGUGUAAAAAUAAAGAGAAGCGAGAUCAUAAUGAUGAAAACAUCAGAAAAUAAUCUCUUAUUUGUAAAUUGUAUAAAAUUGUUAACUAUCUAAAGACAAACAUUUUUUAAUGAAAACUGUUGUGGAUUCAUUAAAAACACAUUUAUGUAUAGUGA